AUCUUUCCACCGUUUGUUCUGUCCCACUACUAGUCAUUACCAAUUAGUUAAGACUAAAGAGUUCAUUUGAUUGCCGAGGGUUCUGGUGUUUCUACUGCUACUUCACGCUUGAUAUUUGAACUUCUGGAAACAAAGAUUUAUCCUUUUGAUCUUGUUUUUGUAAUAUGAUUCUUAUACACCCUACUAGCUAGGGUUCUUCAAGAUACUGCAAUCAAAGGUCACCCUUGGUUGCUAGUGUGAAAUUGCAGUACUCCCCGUUGAGGUUCUAGUUUUGCCUCUAAUGUAAGUUAUGGACGACUUCCCCUUGUCUUCGAAAUUCAAAUGGAGGAUCGAAAAAGUUUCUAAAUUGAACCAGGACAAUCAUUUGUCGCCUACAUUCACUGUAGGUCCUUGUAAAUGGCGAUUGCUGGCUUUUCGUAGGGGAAGAAAUGUAGAUGAUUACUUAUCAGUCUAUGUGGUUGCUGUCGAGUGUACGGACUCCAGAUAUGCAAGAUUCAGUUUGGCUGUUGUUGGUCAAACUAAUAACACGUUCAAGAAAGAAACGGAAGAUCGGAUGUUACAUUUCACGAAAGAGGAAAGUGAUUGGGGGUUUGAUGAGUUUAUACGGUUUAACGAGCUUCUCGAUCCUAGCAAUGGAUAUAUUGUGAAUGAUGCUUGCACUGUUGAAGUAGAAUUGCAUUCGUUUUCGAAACAAGAUUCUAUCAAGCAGGAAUUCUUGCCCAUGGAACUCGUGGAAUCCGGCCAUUCUGGUAUGAAGUUUUCACAUGAGAAAACCAAGAACAGAAAGAAGCUAGCAAAGGACAAUUCUUCAGCUGUUCAAAGGUCUAACUGGGAUAAAAAUGAAAAUUUUCCAGUUUCUUCCAAGUCUAGAAUCGGCGAUCAGUCGACGCCUCCUCCAGUUUCUACUGCAGUUCUUGUUACACCCAAGUCGUUCAAGAAACCAGAUUGUUGUUGGAAGUAUUCCAUUGAUGAAAUCAAAGAUAGGUAUCAUCUUGAUGAGAGAUUCGAAGUGGAGUUCGUCGAGGGAGAAGAUAAGCUGACUGACACACUUAUUAAGAAUUUUCCUUAUGACAGAGAUAACCUAUUGAUUGCGGUCGGCCAGUUGGAGGCCGGGCUACGUUUACCUUUGUACUUCCCGGAAAAUCCUUUCUAUUAUGAGGUGUUGAGUCAACGUGCUGAUAAGAGGGGCAUCUUUCAGUACACCGGCAAUUUCUUUCGCUUUCUGCGUGAAUGUCGCAAACGUAGUAAGGGACGCACUGGGAUGAUGUCUAUCGUUCCUCAGUUUCGUCGUGAGGAUUACACCGCAACCAACUUCAACUGGACUUGGGGUGAUAGCAUAUCGGUGAGGAACAGGUUUCCUUGGUGUGUCGGCCCUCGCCGCAUUUCUUAUAGCCAGGAUCAGGAUUUCUCCGGUAAAGUCGAGCUCCUCUCUGAGUAUAAGCCUAAUAAGGGGAAAAAGUGGUUUGAUAUGGUGCGACUUGAUCAUGACGAAAAGUGGUUCCGGACUCCCUUGCGUAUUAAGGGUCCUUGGGUGAUGGGCUGGUUAACUUCUGGAGAUCCCCGCACCUGCUUUGAGAAAUACUAUCCUCCUUACGAACCAUGGACUCUAAACAUGGUUGCCAGUACUGAAGUGACUUCUGCUUCUCGUUCUACCGAUGGGACUGCCACAGAUGGUGACGAUCCCAGUGGGAAGACUCCACUUGUUCGUCCGAAGCGAAAGCCCGCCCCUGGUGACAAGACUGUUGAGGAUACAACUGUGAAAAGGUCUCGGCCUGAUACAUUGGAUGUCCGGUCUUCUAGUAAGAAUACUGAAGAUGUGGAGAUCCGAAAUGUUGACGGUGAUCUGCAAAUUCUUGACACCUCAACCACCAGCUGUGAUGUGUGUUUGAGUGACAAAUAUACCGUGAAUCCUGCAAAGGGGGAUGCAUCCAUUCCUUCUGUUGAUCCUUUGGCCAACCCACCUGUUGCUACGGAUGUUGUGCCGUUGCCAAUUGGUGAUGCCCCAAGGGUUAUGGAGGAGAAUACUGCUCACGCUGCUCGUUCUGUGAAUUCGAGUGUUCUUGAUUUCGAAGCCGGUGAUGGAGGUAAUGAGUUUGAGGUACCAGGUAGUAUCUUUUGUGGGCCUUUAAAAGAAUAUUCUUCCAGUGCUACUCCUGCUGUGGAAGCGGGUCCAGCUUCUACCCCUGUUGGUGCAAAUCUCACUUCAGAAGUGCAGUCUGGCACCAUGGCUGCGGGUCAAGCUUCUGCAUCUGUUCCUGGUGCAGUGUCGUCCAACAUAAUUGCUUCUGACCCGCUAUCCUCUUCAUCUGGCGUCGAUCCGACGAAGUCCCAUAUGUUCUGUAAUCCCUUUGUUGCUCUUGAAGAGUCCGAGGAUGAGGAUGGGUUGAUGCAGUCCGCCAUGUUGGACUAUGAGUCUGCCUUCUCUUCUCUUGCUAGGUUUGGUGAGCACUGCCGUAUGGCCCGUAAGUUAAACCAUGCCAAAUUCAAAGAUCUUGCUACCCUCUUGUCUGGUACUCAGCAUGACAAGGAUUUGCUGGCGUCAGAGGUUUGCGGUCUUAAGAAGCGGAUGCAGGGAUUGGUCAGUCGUGCAGACGAGGCAGACACUGCACUGGCUAAACAAAUAGAAACCACUAAUGAGCAGCUGAGCAUUGCGAAUUCCCGAAUUCAAGAGCUUGAAAGUUUGAACCAGGAUCAAGCUCUACAACAUGCGGGUGUGCAGCUUCAACUGCAAGAUGAAGUUGCGGGUCUGAAAUCUCAGCUCAAGGGAAACGCUAAUCGGGCCAAGGAAUUUUACGUAAAGUGGGCCAAGGAUCAAGUAAACCAAGCUUUUGACCUAGCUGAAUCUUCUGGGAUGAUGAAGCCUGGUGAAAAGUUCAAACGUCUGGUAUGACUUGAUACCAUCACUUGUCGGUGGAUGAUAGAAGCCCUUAUCAUUUUGUUUUUCCUUGUGACGAUUCUGUAACCUGUGGGAAUUAUUGUUUUUUAGUUGGUCACGUUCGAAUUGCCGAAUAGUUCAUUUCCACCGUCUUAACCAUGUAACUAUCUAAAUCUUUUUUUGCAAAAAGAUUGUAUAGAAGGUUCAAUUUGCGAAAAUUAA